AUGGCUAAUGCUGCUAUUGAUACUAAAUUUUCAGAAGAAGAACCUCCAGAAUCGUUGUUUAUGAAGGAAUUGAAGAGGAGGGGCAUGACUCCUACAUCAUUGCUUGAGGAUUACAAGCAGGGCAACUCUGGAGUUGACGAAGAGGUGGUUGUAAAUGAACAAGAUAGAGGUCUCCCGAGGAGAAAUGUUGUCUCAACCGAUGUAGAGAGGAGUCUGGAAAAUCAGAGGGAGCAAUCCAUGGCGUUGAACAGUGAAGGUCUUGAGAUUGAUUCAUUGUUAACAUUUAUCAGAAUAGGAUUUGAUGAUUUGGUGUGUACUGUGUUGCAGUAUUUUGGAUCAACUUUUGUCCAUGAUACAAGCAAGAUGUCACUAUCACCUCCCCAGUAUGUGGAUCCUUAUGCACUCUUAGAAGAUGAAAGGAUAUCUCAAAUAGCACUUCAGCUAAAAUAA